UAUUGAUAUGAUGACCGAUGGAUAAUAUUAUACAUUAUACAUUUAUACGCUAUAUAGUCAGUACUUAACAGAAUAUUCGAUCCAUAUUCAGUUAAUUAGUUUCAUCAUGGUACUAGAGUUGUAAUUACAUAAUUCACUUACGAAGUAGUAUCGCCGGUCUUGUUGGCUCGUCUUCAAACAAUUUUAAUUCCGUGACUAAGGCUUGAGACGAUGCCAAACAGUGGUACUGCAUCUGCUGAUUCACUACCUAAUGUGGCUGCUCAUCUACCCUCAAUAUUUAUGUCCCUGCGCACUAAACUUCCGUCUCACGUAUUAGCCAUUCGGCCCUGGUCACUGAGUGCAUCAAUAAUACCAACCUUAUUAGGCUGCACCAUUGCUCAGAAACUAAAUUCCAACAUAGAAUUUAGUCUCCUGACGUUGCUGUUGACUCUACUUACGGUUGCCUUGGUCCAUGGAGCUGGAAAUGUGGUGAAUACCUACUAUGAUUAUGUCCGUGGCAUUGAUGGCGGUAAUAGUGAUGAUCGAACCUUGGUUGAUAGAAUUUUGUCUGAGAAUGAAGUUGAAAGGUUAGGUGCUAUAUUAUACUUUUUGAGUUUUGUUACAUUCUUUUGGCUCGCCAUCAUAUCUCAGGCAAAAAUGGGUCAUCUAGCUGCUGCCUAUUUAUGGGGUUUGAGCAUCUCAUUUCUAUACACUGGUGGAUUUGGUUUCAAAUACAUUGCUCUUGGAGACUUAAUAUUCUUGAUACUGUUUGGACCUGCGUCAGUCUUAUUUGCUUAUUUAUCUCAUACUGGUCAACUUAAUUUGGAACCAAUAUAUUAUGCUAUACCGUUAGCAUUAAAUACUGAAGCUAUAUUACAUAGUAAUAACACAAGAGAUUUAGAAAGUGAUAGAAAAGCUGGUAUUGUUACAUUAGCAAUAUUAAUAGGCCGAACAGCUUCAAUAAUUUUUUAUGGAUUUCUUCUAUUUACUCCAUAUAUUAUGUUUGUUGUUUUAUCAGUGAGAUAUUCUAAAUGGUUUUUAUUGCCAUUAAUUACAAUGAGCUAUGCGUUUAAAAUAGAAAGAGAGUUUAGAGAUGGUAUAAAUAUUCAGUCUGUACCUAAACGAACUGCUAAUUUAAAUUGUAUUUUUGGAAUUUUAUAUAUAUUGGCUGUAAUGGCAACUGAUAAAUCAAAUUUGCCAUUUAAUAUUAAUUGAGAUACUAAUAAUUGAAUGUUAUGGCUAUUAGUAUCGAAUGUUCUUACAGUAGGUUGCGAUGGUCCUAACAACGUUCCUUAGGGUGUAUAGUUAUUAUGCAUCGAGAACAUUAUUCUGAAUUUUUUUUUAUUAUUGUAACAGUUUUAUAUUUUCUAAUCUAUAAGUAAAAAUUAAUGUAUUAAAAAAAUGAAUGUUUAAAGAAAUGUUAAUGCUAUGUACACAUACAUUAUAUUAUGUAGUUGAAAAAACCUUAACUAAAAUAUCCAGCUAAUUUGGCUGAAAUGUACUGAAUAUUCUAUUUUUAAUUACAAUUUUUGUUACUUUGCUUAAUAGAAAUCUUUAUUGUACAAACACACCUAAGUUAUAAGUUAUAACAUUAGAGAUUAGAAUACUGGUUAUUAUUUUUUUUUUUUACAAUACCUUAAAUAUGUGAAAUUUAAGUAUCACAAAUUGUUGUUUUUUGUUUAACAAAUAAAUAUUAUAUAAUCAAUGUGGAAAUCAUGAUAUAGAGUUCACUGUUAGCAUUGAUUUAUUAUAAUAGUAUGUGAUGUUUUAUCUAAUUUUAGGAAUAUUAUUUUUUAUUUUCCUUUACUAAUAUAUAUUUAUCUUAAUUUAUAUACAAUAUGCAUAUACACUAAACAGUAUAAUGUAGUUUGAUAAUAAAACAUAAUAAUAUUUAUUAUUAUACUGAAUACAGUCAUUAAGUACUUACUCAUUAAGAUUUUAAUGCAAAAUAGGCUGUUUUUUGUAGUACCUAUAAACAUUGAUUGACCCCAUAUAAUAUAUGUCUAAUUAUUAUUUAUGUAUAUAAAUUACAAUAACUUGUAAUUAAUAUGAUUUAUUCAUAAAAUUUAAAAAAAAUGCUUUAUAUUUAUCUCAUUUAAAAUUUAAGAAGAACAAAAUUAAAAUAUUUAAAAUCAAAGUCUUCCUUGAAUAAACCCAUGUAUAUGAUGUUGUAUAAUAUUAGUAUAAUCUACUGAAUUUUAAAUUUUGUAAAUAAUUUAUCAACUGAACAAUCAAUUUAUUGGUAUACAUUGCAUAUGAUAAUUUAUAAUAAUGAAUUUCUUUAAUUAAUAUUAUUAAUUUUGUUUUUGACCAAAGUAAUCUGUUAAUAUAGAUUUAAAAUAGGCCAUUAAAUAUUUUAUUAGAUUUUGAAUUAAAUUUAAGAUUAUUCAUUGAUUAACUGAUGUAAUAAUUGAUAUAAAAAGAACCAAAUUAUGCAAGCAUGUAGUACUUAAGAAAUAAAUAUUUAUUAUUAGGUAA